ACGAUCACGCGAUCCGACCAUGAUGAUUGUAUCGAACGAAGUGUCUGAAGUGUGGUGGGCCGGCGAUCUGGGCUGACCCGUACCAUACCAUUAAUCUUCGACUUUGUACGGGUGCCGGGCUAAGUAAACUCUGAGGUUUGGGAUGGAAAGCUGACUGGUGGUUUAGUCAUUUCGUUUGAGGGUAUUCCGGUUGCAGGUCGCGGCGUUGAAGUUGUGGAACGAACGUUACGCCUUACGCUGCACUGAAGUCUGUAGUCGUGUAGCGACACAUUGACAUCAUCAUUGAGCAAGAUUAAAAUUGCUGAACAUUCCGUAUUGAGAAAGCAAACAAUGCCAAGUCCCAACGCCAUGAGGAACACAGACGGGCGCUGGCCUGACGAUGUCGGCAUCAUCGCGACUGAAAUCUACUUCCCCUCCCAGUAUGUGGACCAGGAGCACUUGGAAGUCUUUGACGGGAUACCGGCGGGCAAGUACACCAUCGGCCUGGGCCAGAGCAAGAUGGGUUUCUGUACGGACUGCGAGGACAUCAACUCGCUGUGUCUGACGGCGGUGCAGAACCUGAUGGAGAGGAACCAGAUCUCUUACACCGACGUUGGGCGACUGGAGGUGGGCACGGAGACCAUCGUUGACAAGUCGAAGAGCGUCAAGACAGUCCUGAUGCAGCUCUUCAGAGACUCCGGCAACACCAGCGUGGAAGGAAUCGACACGACAAACGCGUGCUACGGGGGAACGGCAGCGCUGUUCAACGCAGCAGCGUGGGUUGAAUCCAGCGCAUGGGAUGGUCGUUACGCUCUGGUUGUCGCUGGCGACAUCGCGGUUUACGCCACCGGAAAUGCCCGCCCAACCGGAGGUGCUGGCGCCAUCGCAAUGCUCAUAGGACCUGACGCUCCACUGGUUUUAGAACGAGGACUAAGACACACCCACAUGGAGCAUGUCUACGAUUUCUACAAGCCGGACAUGUCGUCGGAGUACCCGCGAGUGGACGGCAAACUGUCCAUUCAGUGCUACUUGGGGGCGCUAGACAAGUGCUACCAGGGCUACUGCGCUAAGGCCGAGGCCCUGAUGCAGAAAGAGGGCGACACCACCCGCUGCAGCUUGGACAAGUUUGAUGCCGUUUGUUUCCACAGUCCGUUCUGCAAGCUGGUCCAGAAGUCUCUGGCUCGCCUGGUUCUCAACGAUUUCUUGAGAGAUCCUCACCCCAACACGGAGGAAGGCGGACGCUACGCAGGCCUGAAUGGCUACAAGGAUCUGAAACUGGAAGAGACGUUCUUUGAUCGAGACGUUGAGAAAGCCUUCAUGAAUUGCAGCAAAGAGAUCUUUGCUGCCAAGACCAAACCGUCCCUCCUCGUUGCAAACCAAGUAGGCAACAUGUACACCCCCUCGCUGUAUGGUGGACUGGUCUCGUAUUUGGCCAGUUGUAGUCUCGAGGAGUUGCCCGGCAAAAGAAUCGGGCUGUUCUCUUACGGGUCCGGUCUUGCUGCGUCUCUUUUCUCCCUUCGCGUCCGCGGCGACGUGUCCCCCGGAUCGCUCCUGUGGAAACUCCGAGCCAGUCUGGACGACCUGAAAUUCCGGUUGGAUUCCCGGAAAUGCGUGGAGCCAGCUGUGUUCGCUGACGCCAUGAAGUUGAGGGAGAACACGCAUCAUCUAGCUAAGUAUGCUCCAGUUGGUUCUGUCGAUGACCUCUUCCCUGGUACCUGGUACUUGACCUUUGUCGAUGAGAUGCACAGAAGGAAGUAUUCCCGCAAGCCGCUGUCGGACCUCCCCUCACCCAUGGUUGACUCCGCCCCUGUGUCUUCCCCAAUCGAGACUUUGGUGAGUUAAAAAAAUAACAGUUCC